AUAUGUGUACAUAUAUAGCACUUCCUUUGGGACUUAAGUGGUUAUUUUGAUAUGAUGGCGGACGAGGGGAAGAAAUAUGGACCUCACAUCUUAGCUGUUCCCUAUCCAAGCCAAGGCCAUAUCAAUCCCAUGCUCCAAUUCUGCAAGCGCUUGGUCUUCAAAGGGGCCAAAGCAACCUUCGCCAUCACCCACUUCAUUUCCAAGACCACCACUCCCAAAUCCGACACCGUCUCCAUCGACACCAUCUCCGAUGGAUGCGACGAUGGUGGCUUUAUGCAAGCCGAGAACGUCGCCGACUAUUUAACACGGAUGGAAGUCGCGGGCUCCAAAACCCUACAACAACUUAUUCAAAAGUACCAAGACUGUAACAACACCUUCGAUUGCAUAGUCUAUGAUGCCUUUUUGCCUUGGGUUUUAGACGUUGCCAAAAAGUAUGCCAUUAAGGGAGCUGCUUUCUUCACACAAUCUUGUGCAGUUAAUUAUGUGUACUACUAUGCCCAUCAUGGGCUUUUAACACUUCCCCUGUCCACGCCGCCUCCAGUGGAGCUUCCGGGGCUUCCGCCGCUCGACCUAUCGGACAUGCCAUCGUUCAUAUACGUGCACGGGUCGUACCCGGCUUACUUUCAGAUGGUGUUGAGUCAAUUUUCGAAUGUGGAGAAGGCUGAUUUUGUGCUCGUCAACACAUUUUACAAGUUGGAAGAGACAGUUAUCGAUUCAAUGACAAAAGUGUGUCCACUGAUAACAAUUGGUCCGACAGUCCCAUCUGUGUAUUUGGACAAGCGAGUGGAGAAUGACCACAACUAUGAUCUCAACCUCUUCCAAUCCGACACCCAAUUAUCCAGCAUCAUCAAUUGGCUUGACACUAAGCCCCCAGCUUCAAUUGUGUACAUAGCAUUUGGUAGCAUGAGCAAUCUUCCAAAAAGACAGAUGGAAGAGAUUGCAUGGGGCUUGAAAAACACCAAUUUCGACUUCUUGUGGACUGUUAGGGCUUCGGACAAGGAAGAAAAGAUUCCAAAAGAUUUUGUGCAAGCAUCGUGCGACAAGGGUUUGUUUGUAGAUUGGAGCCCUCAACUGGAGGUGCUAUCGAAUAAGGCAGUCGGUUGCUUUUGGUCGCAUGGUGGAUGGAACUCGACGACUGAGGCAUUGAGCUUGGGAGUGCCCCUGGUGGUUAUGCCACAGUGGACGGAUCAGUCGACGGGUGCUAAGCUCGUGCAAGACGUAUGGGGUGUAGGCGUUAGGGUUAGGGCCGAGGCGGAUGGGAUUGUGAGGAGAGAAGAGAUUGAGGGUUGUAUAAGAGAGGUGAUGGAAGGGGAGAAGCGGAAAGAAAUGAAGAGGAAUGGUAGUAAGUGGAGGGAUUUGGCUAAGGAGGCAGUGAGUGAGGGUGGCACUUCUGACAUGAAUAUUGACACUUUCUUAUCAAAAUUGACAACUAGUGCUAAUGAUGAGUGAAGGAAAACUCCAUAAUUCAUACAUAUAUACCUAUGUCAACCAAUUUCCUAUGAUCCUAUAUUUUGAUGGGUUUUUUUAUGUAAUUAUUGAAAAAUAAUAAUAAUUUAUAUAAAUAAAUCACA